AUGAGACUGUGGGUGAAAGGCCUGCUCCUCUGGUCCCUGAGGGGCUCUCGAAGAUUCUGUGGUUCCUUAGGGAAGCCACCACCUCCACCUCCCUCCCAGAAGAUUGUAGCCACCUGGGAAUCCAUCAGUCUGGGGAGACAGCCGGUGCCUGAGUACUUCAACUUCGCCCACGAUGUGCUGGAUGCGUGGAGCCAGAUGGAAAAGGCUGGACACCGGCCCCCAAAUCCUGCGUUCUGGUGGGUUGAUGGAAAGGGAGCAGAGGUCAAGUGGAGUUUUGAGGAGCUGGGGAGACAGUCCCGGAAGGCAGCCAAUGUGCUCAGGGACGCGUGUGGCCUGCAGCCUGGGGACAGAGUGAUGCUGGUGCUCCCGCGGAUCCCAGAGUGGUGGCUGGCAAGCGUGGCAUGUAUGCGGACAGGGGCUGUAAUGAUCCCUGGUGUCUCUCAGCUGACUGAGAAGGACCUCCAGUACCGGCUGCAGGCAUCCAGGGCCAAGGCCAUUAUCACCAGUGACUCCCUGGCCCCGAGGGUGGAUGCCAUUAGUUCAGACUGCCCCUCUCUCCAGAGCAAGAUGCUAGUGUCAGAUGGCAGUCGGCCAGGCUGGAUGAACUUCAGAGAACUCCUCAGAGAAGCAUCCACAGAGCACAACUGUGUGAGGACCAGGAGUCGAGACCCACUAGCCAUCUACUUUACCAGUGGUACCACCGGAGCCCCCAAGAUGGUUGAACACUCCCAGUGCAGCUACGGUCUGGGUUUUGUGGCCAGUGGAAGGCGGUGGGUGGCCUUGACGGAAUCAGACAUCUUCUGGAACACGACUGACACUGGCUGGGUGAAGGCAGCCUGGACCCUCUUCUCAGCCUGGCCCAAUGGGUCUUGCAUCUUUGUGCACGAGCUGCCCCGUGUUGAUGCCAAAGUUAUCCUGAAUACUCUCUCCCAGUUCCCAAUCACCACCCUCUGCUGUGUCCCAACCAUCUACCGGCUGCUUGUACAGGAGGAUCUGACCAGGUACCAGUUUCAGAGUCUGAGGCACUGUUUGACGGGAGGGGAGUUCCUCAAUCCUGACGUGAGAGAAAAGUGGAAGAGCCAAAAGGGCCUGGAGCUGCAUGAAGGAUACGGCCAGUCGGAAACAGUUGUCAUCUGUGCCAAUCCAAGAGGAGGAAAAAUCAAAACGGGGUCCAUGGGCAAAGCGUCCCCACCUUACGACGUGCAGGUUGUGGAUGAUGAGGGCAACAUCCUGCCUCCGGGAGAAGAAGGGAAUGUUGCUGUUCGCAUCAAGCCUGCCCGGCCCUUCUGCUUCUUCAACUGCUAUUUGGAAAAUCCCGAGAAGACAGCCGCCUGUGAACAGGGCAGCUUUUAUAUCACAGGCGACCGAGCCCACAUGGAUGAGGAUGGCUACUUUUGGUUCAUGGGAAGAAAUGACGAUGUGAUCAAUUCUUCAAGCUACCGGAUUGGACCUGUUGAAGUAGAAAGUGCCCUUGCUGAGCACAAGGCUGUCCUGGAAUCUGCUGUGGUCAGCAGUCCGGAUCCCAUCAGGGGGGAGGUGGUAAAAGCAUUUAUAGUCCUUUCUCCUGCUUACUCUUCUUGUGAUCCAGAGAAACUAACCAAGGAACUUCAGGAGCAUGUGAAAAGGGUCACGGCUCCCUAUAAAUAUCCCAGGAAGGUGGCCUUUGUGUCAGAACUACCCAAAACGGUUUCUGGAAAGAUCCAACGGAGUGUAUUGAGACGUCAAGAGUGGGGGAAAUGA